GUGGAGUCUCCCAGCCUGCGCCCCCAAGUCUAACGGAGGAGAAUUUUGGGAGCAUUUCUCUCGGAACCUCCGAGCGAGCUGGUCGUGCUGCGCUCCUGUUGCAGCUCCAGACUCCGUCUCAGUGCCAGAGAAGUUGUGCGCACGUCUUCGUGCCAGUUCGCGACCAUGGGCAAUUCUUGCUCUGGCCUCAAGGAGAAGCUGGGGCAGAGGCUGCGACCUUCGCCCACUCUGAAUUUCAUCCGCUCUAUCCUGAUCCCUAAGAAGAAAAAAGAUUUCUGCGUGGUGGUCCUGGGCUCUGCCGGCGUCGGCAAGAGCGCCCUGGUGCAGAGAUGGGUCAACAGCUGCUACUCCGAUAAGUAUGUGCCACAGGCGCCGUUGGCCGAUGUCAUCUACCAUGUGCCAGACGGGUUCUUCGGCUCGGGAACCAAGAUGCGCAUUACCGACCUACCUGGCGGUCAGCUCUACCCGGCCUUGCAGUGCCUCAAGAUUGCCAGGGGCCACGCCUUCAUCCUGGUCUACUCGGUCACCGAAAAGCAAACCCUGGAAGAGCUGACGCCCUUCUAUGAGCUGAUCCGCGAGAUCAAGGGUGGAAACCUCUACAAAUACCCGAUCGUGCUGGUGGGCAACAAAUGCGAUGAGGUCCGCCGGGAGCUGACCACGCUAGAUGGCGCUGCCUACGCGCUGAAGUGGAAUUGCGGCUUCUUCGAGACCUCCGCCAAGAAGAACAUCAACGUGGAGGAGCUGUUCUUUGAGCUGCUGACCCAAGAGAGGGAGCCCGAUACCACCCCCCAGCCCACCCCCGUGAAAUCCCAGAUGCCCAAUAUCGCCGAAGAUGUGCUGGCCGCUGAGCCCUAAUGGGAGCCCUGGGUCCUAGGGGUCUGACCACCUUCUCCGAGGGAGGGUAGAGAACGUGGACCGAUGACAGUAGAACGUGUCACCUGUACAGGACUGUGUGCUGUGCUUUGGGUUGUAACAGCUAGACGUCAGUAUGUGUCCCCUGUCAAGUCAUAAUUUUUCUUUUUCCCAGGCCAAGAGACUUCAAAUGGUUACAGCGUUGAUAUUGGAGGAGGGAAGAUAGGAGAAGUCUGGACAGACUUCAGAGAUAAUUGUUUGAAAAAAGAGAAUGAAAUAGCAAAAUAAACGGAAAGUUGCCACUGUCCUUGUAACCCUGUUACCAUGUAUUAAUUUUUAAACAUUUCAAGUCCUGUAAAUGUCCAAACCUUUCUUGUUGUGUACGUAAUUGUUAAGAAAUGUGUUUUUGCAACAAAAGCUUUGCUAGAUGACUGGGAGACAGAUCUAUUAAACAAGAUA